AUGACGAAGCCGAUCUUUGUCGCUACGCAUCCGCGAGCAUGCUCAACAGCGUUUGAGCGGGUCUUCAUGACCCAACGUGACACAAUUCAAUGUGUCCACGAGCCAUUCGGCGACGCAUUCUACUACGGCCCGGAGCGCCUCUCCGGCCGAUUCGCAGACGAUGAACAAGCCCGUCUGGAUAGUGGAUUCGCCAACUCGACAUAUAGUACCGUGAUGGAUAGGCUCGAGAGAGAAGCUACUCAGGGAAAGAGAAUUUUCAUCAAGGACAUUGACCACUACUUGCUUCCGCCAAAUGGCAAGCCGGCCAGUCCUGCUCCAUCGCUCCUCCGUCUGAAGCGCGGUGUAGGCACCAACGGCGACCACGCAAACGGAGUGAAUGGUGUGAGUGCGAACGGCACCCACACCAACGGCCACGCAAACGGUCACACCAACGGGGUCAACGGAACCUCUAACGGAGUGAACGGUGCUAGCCACACCAACGGCGUCAACGGUCACGAGGCCAACGGUCACACCAACGGGGUGAACGGUACUACCAAUGGAGCCCACAAGGAGCCCUAUCCGUACAACACGCCCACAGAACCGGGUAACCCCACUGUGAUGCCCCGGGAAUUGCAAGAGAAAUUCCACUGGGCGUUCCUCAUCCGCGACCCGCACUUCAGCGUGCCGUCGUACCUGCGUUGCACCAUUCCCCCGCUGGACGAGGUGACCGGGUUUCACAACUACGACCCUCUGGAGGCCGGGUACGAUGAGCUGCGUCGGCACUUCGACUAUCUGCGCGAGACAGGCCUGGUCGGGCCCCGCGUGGCGACUCGUCCGGAGCUGAGCGGUGAUGCGAAGAGUGAUUCGGGCGUCGAGAUCUGCGUCAUUGAUGCCGAUGAUAUGCUUGAUGAGCCGGCCAAGACCUUGGAGGCGUUCUGUAAGAGUGUUGGUCUGCCGUAUAACCCCGAGAUGCUCCUUUGGGACACCGAGGAGGAUCAUGCUGUUGCCCGUAAUGCGUUUGAGAAGUGGCGUGGGUUCCAUAAUGAUGCUAUUGAGUCGAAGGCUCUGGAGCAGAGAGUUCAUAAACGCCCGGUCAAGACUGAAGAGGAGUUUGAUGCUGAGUGGAAGAAGAAGUACGGCGAUGAGCAUGCUGCUCUCAUCCGUAAGACUGUUGAUGACAACAUGGAGGACUAUUUGUACCUCAAGUCUUUUGCAGUCAAGGUGUAA